UCGGUUUUGUGUUUAACGUGUCGUUAACGGCAUUAACCACCACACGGUGAGUUAGCGUAGCUGUUAGCUGUUAAUGUUCAAACUCACCGGCUGUCAAAAAAAAAAAAAAGAAAAAAAAAUUAACUGUCUAGCGGUGGUUGAUCUCACGGCGGUUACAGUGCGGAAAAUUAACGUUAACCGCCCCCUUGCUCAACGGAUUUUUACAACGGCUGUUUCUUGGCUGGCUUUUACCCACAGUCAUGUGAUUGUAACGUAAAACCCCUAACCGGAAAACAACGACGGACGACCCUCUCCGCCGCCAACGAAUGCUGCGUUCGCUAGCAACAGUACAAGCCGCUGCGAGCCCAGAGAGGACGGACGAGUCCCCCGGUAACAAACAAACAACGGCGACACGGCAAACUCCACGGGUCUAACCGGAGAGCAGGUUGAAGAAUGGAGUUGGCCAACCAUGGUCUUAUCCUGCUGCAGCAGCUUAACGCUCAGAGGGAGUUUGGCUUCCUGUGCGACUGCACUGUGGCUAUUGGAGAUGUCUUCUUCAAAGCCCACAAAGCUGUCCUUGCUGCCUUCUCCAACUACUUCAGAAUGCUCUUCAUUCAUCAGGACAGUGAUUGUGUGCGGCUGAAGGCUGCUGACAUACAGCCAGAUAUCUUCAGCUACCUCCUCAACCUGAUGUACACAGGCAAGCUUGCACCCCAGCUGAUAGACCCUGCACGGCUGGAGCAGGGGGUCAGAUUCUUGCACGCCUAUCCACUCUUGCAGGAGGCCAGCCAGUCUGUGUAUUCCCACGCUGAGCAGCACAGCAUCAACCUUUCCACCUCUCUCUACGGCAUCCAGAUCUCUGACCAACAGGUAGGGCUGUCGGCUAGAUUGCCCUCUCGACGCCAGCUCUCUUCUCCUUUUGACAUGGAGCAGCUGAGCUCAGAAGGGAAGUAUCUAUCCACACCAGCUGCCACAGCUUCAUACGCCAAUUCCCUACUGUCCAAGCUAGCUGCCUCUCCCCCAGACGUGGAGGCCUCGACCAGCGGCACCAAGCCUACAGUUGAGGAGGGGGGGAUGGACUUGCUAAGUGCAGAUGGUUCCUCAGCCAGUGCCAUCCUUCAUGUAAAGCCCAGCAUCAUGAAGAGGAACUCCUCCUUUAGGAAGCAUUACUCCUGUCAUCUGUGCAGGACUCGAUUCACCCAGAGAAGCCUGUUGAGAGAGCAUCUCCUCCAACAUACCCAUGCUCUACAGCAGGUGCCAGCUGAGCCCAGCAAUGCACUCUCACCUGUCAUGACUGUAGAACAUAGCAUGCUAGAGUUAGACCGGGUCCUAAAGGGAAGCAAGGCAGGGUUAGGUUCCAUGUCUGCCACUACAGCAGUAGAGAUAAUCAGUGACAGCGAGCAAACGCCUGUUUCAGGAACCAACUCGGACUCUCCACGAGCAGAGGUGUCCACUUCCAGCUGGGGGGUGGGAGGAUUGAAUUCUCAGGCAGACACACCACCUCCGUCAGACAUUGCGGACAUCGACAACCUAGAGAGUGCUGAUUUGGACAGGGAAGUGAAGCGGAGGAAGUACGAGUGCUCUACCUGUGGACGCAAGUUCAUUCAGAAGAGCCACUGGCGUGAACACAUGUACAUCCACACGGGCAAGCCCUUCAAAUGCAGCGCUUGUGGCAAGAGCUUCUGCCGGGCCAACCAGGCAGCCCGCCACGUGUGCCUGAACCAGGGGGCCGACACCUACACCAUGGUGGACCGACAGAGCAUGGAGCUGUGCGCCGCAGGCGACGACAGCAGCCAGAUGGAGGCGAUGUUCCUGGGCUCAUCGAAGCCCUACAAGUGCAACAUUUGUGCGACCACCUUCUCCAGUCCAAAUGAGGUGAUCAAACACUUGUGCUUUACACAAGGGGGAUUAGUGGGGCUGCAGGGAAGCGCAGGGAUGCUUCUCCAGCGUGAAGAGUACUCCAAGGAUGACGGCUCUGAUUUGUCCAACUCUGGCACCCCACUGGAACCCAUAAAGACUGAGGAAAUCCUCCUAGAGUAGUGCCAAAACGUUCUAUUUGUCCUUUUUAACAUGUAUGUUUUCUUUCUAAAUUAUGGUUAAUAGGUAAGCUAAAGGUGAAGUUAGUCAGGGUAUUUUUGUUUGAGCUCCUCAACCUACUAAAACAGUUUAGUGUUUUUCUUCCAUUAGUUUAAUGGGGGUGGGGGUUACAGUAUUUUGGACAUUUAUGGUCCUGAGUAUGUUAAAAGUGAAAAUUAAAUAGUGAUGUAAAUCCUCUAUGGCUCUCUGGAGUUAACUUUACCAUUUGACUUAAGGCUAAGUUACCAAUAAGGGAGAUGAAGUAACUAUUACUUUUCAUCUAAUCCUUAUAUGGUUGCUGUACAUUAGUAUUAGACUCUCGCAUGUCAGGCUGUACAACAUAGUUUUUUUUUUUUUUUACUUAACAGCUACAGUUGUGGUCAGGCUGCAUAGGCAGACUUUGAGUAUAAGGGGAAGAGGAAGCUGAGACGGUUCCGGAGGCCACCCCAUGUUGUGAGAUGAGUUUGCUGUGCUAGAUUUGAGGAGGCGAAAGAGCUGCACAGAAGGGUUGUUUCUUCAUGGCCACAAAUGAGAGACUUAUUCUGCCGAUCAGGUAUAGAUUAUGAUUCCAGCUAAAAGCACACAACAUAUUCAGACCUGAGACAAUCUGUGCCCUUUUUUGAGUAGCUGUCUGAUAUGCAGCAAAGUACACAUGUCUUCCAUUCAUGUUUUGGUUGUUGUUUAUGCUCAGCAGAACGAAUAACUUGAAUAGUAAAGUAAUCACCAUUAUUUGCAUCCUUCUCAGCAACCGUUUAGUUGUUAGUUGUUUAGUUGUUACUCUGUUUUCUUGACUGCUAGUGUAAUUAUGGUUCCUGUGACCUUACAUCUAAUUAAAGCACAAUUGCUCUUCAUAAUAGAGUUGGGCCACUGAAGAAAUUGGUCACAACAAGCAAGAGUGUUCCUUGUGUUUACAGUUGAGCCCUUUUGAUUCUAUUGUACUUUUCAUUUUUACUUAUGUUGUACAACUCUUUUUGAGGGAGCAACAUGUUUCUUCAGACACACACACCUUGGUUGGAGGCUGUCCUAUACAACAUUGUACAUCUUGUCUUUAUAUAAUUUGUUUCAAUCUGCUCCUAAAAGUCCAUAAUUUCUGUUUGACAUGCUUUUCUAAUUUUAAAUACAAAGAUUACUUUAUAUUACAAAGGUUUAUGUACAUUAUUAGACAAAUAGCUUUCAAACUAGGAUUACAUUUGGUUUAGUAAAAUGUUAUGUAAAAGGAAUGGGCAUGAUCAUUUCUUAAAGAAAUAGGCUAAAAUAAGUUAGAUUAACAAAACAAAUAUUUGGCAUUUUAAGUCUCUUCACCUUGCCAGAUUUGUGUUUAUUUCUAACCUGAUUAUUUGUUGUGUAAAGGGAAACAUUUUCUCUGUAUUGUUUAGACUGUCUGACAUUAAUAUUUGUUCUUUAACAAAUCGGGGAAAAAGUAGUGGUUGCAGCAGAAGUCAUUUCUAGAAAACAUUGUGGAAGAAAUAAUGCCGGUGAACAUGUUGAAACCUCUGUGAUGCAGAUGUGCUGGAGUAAGAAUGAUCCACCUGUCAGUAUGGAGUUCAUAUGAACUCAGGCAGGGAUGACGGUGUGACACAGGGACGGUUAGCUUUAAAAUGAAAUGACGGGGUGAUAUCUCUAUACACUCGACUGUCUGGACACGUGUGUGUUGUGUGAAUAUGAAAGAUGCCAUUAAUCGUAACUUAGAAGGACAUCCCUUGUUUGGGAUCACAGACACUUUCUAAGAACUACUGAUGACUGGAAAUUGUGAAACAAAUCUUGAGUUAAAUUGUUGAGUUAAUGUGAAGCAGUUAUAUGUAACAAAAGCAUAAUACUGGUUGUUCAGGAACAAAAUUCUCAAUUGGGCACCUCUGGGGCUGAGAUUGUCAAGUUUGAAGUAUCGCUGUCUUCAGUUUAUUUCUUCAUUUUUUCUUACUUUGCAGCCUGAAUUUUAUUAUGAAUGAUAUUUUAGGGAGGCUUGUAAAACUGUUUUAAUAUUGUUAUUGUUCUUUCUAGUAGAAAAUAAAUUCUGCAUUGUAAAGUAAUUGCAACAACAUUGCCUUUCAUUGCUGCAAAUACUAACCAACCGUUAGCAUGCAAAAAACAAAUUGAUUUCUUAGUCUGUCUCCCACAUUUCUGCCUGACAGCAAUGAUAGCUUUUUAUCCCAGAGACCAAUCUAUAACAAUAAGGAUCACGAUAUAUUUCGCAAAAUAAUUUUAAAGCAGUUUUUAACUAAGCCAGACAGAAGCUCAUUCAUGUGUAUUGUAGAAAGUAUUAUUAAAUGUAGUCUUUGUUGGAUUUAUUGACGAGUUUCCACCUUUUUAGUAUUUCUUUUCUGAACAUAUACAACAAAAUGCCCAUCCCUACUAUGUUUAACAUGCAUAUUUUUUCUUUUGAGCCUAUUCUACCCAGCCUCAAGUCAGGGUUUGUGACGAGAGAGCAUGAGGCCCAGUUCUAAUUUGGUUUAACUGGGAUUUUUGUACUUUGAAUCCUAUUUUUGCUGCUUUGAUGCAAUGAGCCCAGUGAGUAGCUAGAUGGAGCUGUUUUAUUUGUCCACUCAGGUCGAGGGAGAAGGCUGUCACAUUUGAAGUAGUAUUUCUGGUGCUGUGGUUUUCAAUAAUUAUACCAUCUUUGCCAUGAAUCAAUAUGCCAUCACAUUUUGGUAAAAAAGAAGAAGAAAAAAGAUCCCAAAUGGCGGUGAAUUUCUUCUUACAAGUGUUAAGUAUUGACUAACGGAAGGAUUCUUGUUUGUCUCCCAUGUUUUUUUGAAGGCAACUGAAAUUUUGUACUACUGACAUUCAUUUCUCAGAGCUCAAUUGGUGCACAGAAAGAUGCACAGCUUUAUGAAAAAUCUAAAUCCUUCCUCAUUUCAAAGUUGUAAUUGUCCUUCUGCCCCACCAGUCUUGUAACCUAUUGGUUUGUGUAUGUGGGUGUUUAAAUAUCUCCGUAUCUCAGGAAGAGGAGAACUUCGUCACUCUUUUCUGUCCACUGUUUAUAAAUACAAUGAUUUAAUUUCAAACCCCUGAUCGCCUCCCCAAUGCCCAUCUGUGAUCAAUAUGUGUUCUCAGGAAUGUGAGUAAUCUUCUGUAUAAACUUAGUUUUUGUUUUUUUCACUGAAGAAUGAACAAUAAAGACAUGUUUUCUUUUUU